AUGGAGGAGCAGCGCGGGGCCCGGGGAGGGUGGCGGCAGCACUGGCGAGGACCUCGUGACCACCGAAAGAGGCGCGUAGAAAAACCCCCGACAGCAACUAGCGAGUACCCAAACCACGAGGGCCGGAGACACGGACUCCUCACCGUCACAGAACGAAAAGGCCUGGAGGUGCAGCGGGCAGGGGCGCGAGACCUUCGGCUGGGCUCGUGGCUGAAGCACCCAGGAGGCUUCUGA